GCACGCUGAUUGUCUCCGGCAUCCCGCAAGUGCCAAAGGAGAAGUUCGACAAACUCCUAGGUGUGAUCUCGAAGCUGUUCAACAAGUACGGCGACAAUGAAAAAGAGAUGCCCUUCAACGCAGCAGGCACUAUGACGGAGGGCUGCGUCCUCAUUACGUAUGAGUCGUCCGAUGCAGCCACUCAGGCGCAGCAGGCCCUGGAUGGCAUGAGCUUAGACAAGAAGCACACCUUCAAGGUCGUGAAGUUGGACCAGUUCAACGACAUCACGAACCGAGAUGAGGACUUCAGGCCAAGGCGUACUCUCGCCAGCUACUCUCGGACUGACUUCCGAACGUGGCUCACGGACACGAAGUGCCGUGAGCAGUUCCUGCUGCGGUACCAGACAGAGACAGAGAUCUACUGGCACGACACGACCAUAGGCGAGCCGACUCUCUCCUAUGGUGGAGAGCGAGAGAAGCGCACAGGAAAGAUUUGGUGCGACUGGCAGGUGCAGUGGUCCCCUCUGGGCCACUUCCUGACGACCUUUCACAAGCAGGGUGUGGCCCUUUGGGGCGGCCCUGAGUUUACCAAGAAGAUCCGCUUCGCCCACGACGGCGUGAAGUACUUGGAAUUCUCGCCGACGGAGGAGUAUGCCCUGACGUGGAACGGCACGUCGGCGCUAGAGAACGACACGCAGGCCGUGCGCAUCCAUCGCGUCCUGACGGGUGAGAGCGUCUUCAAUUGCCGCACGCCAGCGGUCGCCCCCUUGGGCGGAGACUUCCCUCACUUCCUUUGGAGCCAUGACGGCAAGUACUUCGCCGAGUGCAAUGAGGCAUCGAUCUCCGUUCGCGAGACCGACACCUUCCAGCUCAUCAAGGAUGAGGACGGGAAGAAGCGAACGCUGAAGUUCCCGGAGCUUAGCACCUUCCAGUGGUCCCCGAAGGACAACCUGCUUAGCGUUUGGUGCUUGGAGAAGGAGAACAAUCCCGCCAGAUUGGUCCUCGUUGAGAUCCCGUCGCGUCGCGAGCUGGCGUCUCGGUCUCGAACGCAGGUGGAGGCCUCAAUGCACUGGCAGUCCGAGGGCGACUACCUUUGCCUCAUCAACACCAAGCUUAGCAAGACCAAGAAGAAGGGCGCGACAAACCUCGAGAUUUUCCGCAUCCGGGAGAAGAACAUCCCUGUGGACAUCGUCGAGGUCAAAGACUCCGUCCGAGGUUUCCACUGGGAGACGAAGGGCCACCGCUUCUCCUUGCUGACCAGUGAUGAGUCUGGACACCAUCCGAAGAUGUUCAUCUACGGCCUCAGCAAGGAGAAAUGCGAAGUGCUCAGCUUCUUCGACUUGCCGUCCAACAGCUACAACAAUUUCUUCUGGGCACCAGAGGGGCAGUAUUUUGUCUGCGCCGCGGUGGGUCACGGAGACCUUCUGUUCGGAGGGAUGACCAGCGACAACAAGCUCGAGAUCCUGCACAAGGAUGAGCACUUCAUGCUCACGGACGUGCAGUGGGAUCCGUCAUCCAGGUACGUCAUUACGGCGGUGACACAGCCCAUGCAGAACGAAAUUGGCGGCUUCAAGUACAGCAUGGAGGCCGGAUUUGCGAUCUGGACCUUCCAGGGCCGAGUUCUGCAUCGGCAGCAGAAGGAGAAGCUGUGGCAAAUCUC